AUGGCGGAAGCUAUCAUCUCCCCUAUUGCUAGUAAGAUCGUCACUAAUCUGGUUCCUCAAGCACUAGAAAAUGCUGGAAAGUUGUGGGGUGUCAAGCAUGAACUCGAGGCGCUCGGGGACAUUGCCUCCAUGAUUCAAGCUGUACUGGGCCAUGCAGAAGAGAUAUACUACAAGAAUCCCCAAAUCAAAGAUUGGGUUGAUAAACUUAAAGAUGCUUUUUAUGACACGCAAGACUUGCUUGAAGAAUUCAAUGCAGAAGCUAUGCAACGAGAAUUGAGGGGCCACUAUGAAAUGAUGGAGGAGGUAAGGAUAUUUUUCUCAAGUUCAAACCAGCUUGCUUUUAAAAUGAAGAUGAGCUACAAACUUAGAGGAGUGAGGGAGAGACUAAAAGCCAUUGUGUAUGAUAAGGAAUUCCACUUGGACGAGCGCCCCAAGAGAGAGUGGAGGAAAAGAGAAGAGACGCAUUCGUUUACAAUGAGGCUAGAUAUUAUAGGGAGAGAUGAUGAUAAGAAGACAGUCAUAAAAUUUUUAUUGGAUUCAAAUGUGCAAGAGAAUCUUUCUAUCCUUCCAAUAGUUGGUAUUGGGGGGGUUGGAAAAACGGCUCUCGCUCAAUGUGUGUAUAAUGAUGAGAUGGUUAGUAAACAGUUUAACUUGAAAAUGUGGGUUUGUGUCUCUAUUGACUUUAAUAUGAAAAAAAUAGUGAAAGAUAUGGUAGCUUCUGCAAAGCAGAAAGAACCAACCGAAGGUGUGAUGGAAUUGUUGAUUAGUGAACUGAUGGGACAGAUUGAUGGAAAGAGAUACCUCUUAGUUUUAGAUGAUUUGUGGAAUGUAGAACAAGAAACAUGGCUAAGCUUGAAAACUUUAUUGUUGAGAGGUGCUAGAGGAAGCAAGAUCCUUAUAACUACACGCCAUCCUUUGGUUGCGGACAUCACCGGCACUGCUCCGGCUUAUCUUCUAGAGGGCUUGUCUGAAAGUGCAUCUCUAGAAUUACUAAUGCAAGCGGCUUGUUGUAAAGAAGAGGAGUUACAAGAUCCUGACAUGCUAGCUCUUGUUAAAGAUAUAGCUAGAAAGUGCUAUGGGGUUCCAUUAGCUCUUCGAACUAUUGGGAAUUUACUCUUUAAUAAAAGUAAGCAUGAAUGGGCGCAAUUCAAAGAAAAUGAGCUCCCAAAAGUGUCUCAAAGGGAAGACGGCAUAACAUUAAUUCUUAAGCUCAGUUAUGACAAUCUUCCUUCACAUUUGAAAAAAUGUUUUGCGUUUUGUUCAUUGUUUCCCAAAGAUUACGAGAUAAAGAAGCAGACUUUGGUCAAUCUUUGGAUGGCAGAAGGAUUUAUCCAACAAUCGAAUGGAAAUCGGCAUUUAGAAGACAUUGGUCAUCAAUAUUUCAUGGACCUGCUUUGGGGUAACUUCUUCCAAGAUUUUCAAAAAGAUUCAUUCAUGAACAAGGAGACAUGCAAGAUUCCUGCUUUGAUGCAUGAUCUAGCCUGUGUAGUUGCUGGGUUCGAGUAUUGGGUGGCAAGGGAUGAUCCAAAAUACAUACCUGAAAGAAUUCGUCAUAUAUCACAUGGUUUAACUUCCAAUUUGAUGGGUGAAUUUCCAAUCUUACUCUUGAAAGCACGUUCACUGAGAACAUUUCUUUCCGUGCCUACGUCUCAUGAAAUGGAGCAAAGAAAACCAACAAGUGAAGUAGAUCUAUGCCAGCUCAUUCAAAGUUUUAAGAGGUUGCGCAUCUUAGAUUUGCAUGCCGCAAUUGUCAAGAAGGUGCCAAGGUCCAUUUGCAAAGCUCUUGUUAAGAAGUAUUGUGGACUUGGGGAGCUAAAUGGGCUUAAUGACAUCCGGGAAAGCCUUAGCAUUGAAAAUUUGGGACACUCACAAGAUGCAAUAGCAGAAUCCAUGGCGGCGAACUUGAAAGGGAAGCGUUUUCUGGAAUCUUUGAUACUUAAAUGGAGCUAUCUCGAUACUGAUGAUGCAGCAAUUGGCGAUACAGAUAAAGAUCUAUUAGAUAAACUGAUGCCGAACUCAAAUCUGCAGAAGUUGACAAUCGACGGAUACGAAGGUGUGCAUCAUCUGUCAAACCUUGUGCAUCUUUCUUUUUCCAAUUGUGAGGAGCUGGAUUUAUCCAAAGGUGAAAGCGACAACGUCAAAGAUUCACAAGGACUUGAGAGUCUCCGGUAUGGAGAUCAUUAUUUCCCAGUAUUUACAGGGUGUGGCAACAUUGACAUCGACGUUGUUGUUCCCUCAGGAUGGCUUUCAGUGGGAUGUCCCUAA